CUUCAGCAACCCCCAUAGACGGAUGAUGGCACCCAAACACCUACACAGAUGAUCCAAUCCGAUUGCAAAUAGUGAUCUGGCGCAAUUUUCCAACUAACAACUGGUGCCAAGCCAUUCAAGGUCGUUAAAAAGAAACGGCGGGCGACUUUUUAAGGCUCCGACCUUUAUUUUACCAUCCCUGCGUUGUAGUUUUAACUCCAGAAACCACUGGUUUUUGAUCAAAACUUGUUAGGCUGGUAAAUUUCCCCAAGUUUAGAUGUGCACCAAAAAGAAAAAAAUGAUUGUCUAAUCAUAUAAUUAGAGAUUGAGAUAUAUAUCCCAACCUCCUUAUGUUGGAAAAACGUUUUGUCCGUUUUGAAGAAGCCGCGAUAAAAAAUUCCGGGGGAAACCCGAAACGUGCCCACAAUCUUUUAAAACUUUGGGGAAAUAGGUCUACGUUCUUCGUUAAAACUCCAUAAUUCUUUUAUAGUUUGGGAACUCCCCCAAAGAUUUGAGUUUUUACUAAGAUAUUCCCAGAAUUUUAAACAACUUUGGGGAAAUCCACAUACGUUCAGUGAUCAAACCCCAGCAUAUAUGUAUCGAUGUCAUAAUCGAAUUGCUUGAUAUAAUCUAGUCAUUUAGAACACUGAAAACCCGGAAAUUACUGAAAAACGGAUCUCUAAGUUACACGAAGUUUCUAGGAUAUGUAUAUCUUCAUGUUCACAAUGUUAAGACUAAAUGUUUCUACUGCUCAUCGUCAUUAUCUUGUUUUCCUCUGUGAUUAUUUUCAUAAAAAGACAAGAUUUCACUAACUUUUAGAUAACUCCACUGAUAGGCUUAAAGUAUUUACACAGUUACUUGAUUCAUUUCAGUUCCUAAGUAAACAAAAAUAUUGCAUCAAAUAUUACCCACUAAUUCGUUGACCUAUAUGUCUUAUAAGAACUUGUUGGUAGUUGGAUGUAACGUUCAAAAUUUUUGUUAACAAACACUAGUACAGAAACCCAUAGCAAUAAAACAAUUAUUUCUCUGUGAACAAAAACUCGUCCGUAAAUUUAACACCAGUUUAUUUGAUGGGAGUGCAUCAGUGUUGUAUCUUUAUAACAUCUAAAUCCAUAUUUAACGAUGUAGUCCGACUUAUGACGCUAAGGGUUUCUGUAAUUUAUUUAUUUGAACACAUAAGUAUUAGUACAAGAAGGCACCAGAUAAAUAUGCGCCACACAGAAAAAUGUCAUUUCAUUUAAUUGUGUGAGGGCUAUGAUAUUGCCCGGGUUCCUAGACCGAAGCGGGUGGUUUUCUAGGGGGCCACACCCGAAGCCUUUGACCUAAAGGCCUAAUCCACAAGACAGUGGAACAUCUUAGAGAGAUGUAGUCCCAUGGUAGCCGGUCACCAACGAUUGGUUCAUGCACCAUUUGUUCCCUUAGGAUACUGGAGCCCAUGUGCAUCAUUGGUUUGGAAUCAGGGUUUUCCAACUCCCCUAUGUGGACUUUCCAUGUCUACCAACCCCGUUAAAGCGCCGGACAUUCGCUUUUCGUCCUCUCAAUUUCGUAAAUAACAGUAAUGCCACGAGAAAACGGCGAGUAGGACAUUCUUGGCAGAGGCUGUAUACGCGUGGCCGUGUAAGAGCAUUUCGAGAGAGAGGGCAGGACCUUCCCACUCUCGGUCGUACCAGGGCAUUUGGGGGGAAAGUGUGGAUUACUGAGAAACGGUUUACAAAUAUUUUAUACACAACUAACGUUCUUUUUUUUCUGUUUCCUGAGUGAUGUAUCAUGGUCUAGAUCAACACUGUUUCACCCCCAUUAAGCCAGAAAUAACACAUAACAGUCAUUAGCUCUCAGUGUAGUCAUGUACAGGAAAAAAUAUUGUGUAACUGUAACCUACGUCAUAUUUGUACUGGUUUGUACUAAGUGAGUGAGCAGUAGAUAUAAGCUUCUGCCUUGUUAAGGAGCUCUUCUGUAUCAAGUCUUGUCCAGCAACACAAAGUGUCCUCCAGCCAAAUAUAUCAAUGACGUAAAUAACAUCAAACGGUUUUGAUGUAAAUCGGAUGCACGGUCAGUGCUGUGCCCUUGUAUAUCUAGUAAUCCUGACAUCUAAUGUCAUUCGGUUGUUUAUUUGCUUUUGUUGGUUUAAAAACGCCGAAGUCUAUCAGCAGUACGAUUUUAAUCUCGUAUAUUUUCAGUUCUCCGAUAUGAAAACUAAAAGAAAACAUUUGUCAAGCUCAAAGUACGAGAGAGGUAUGGCUGAAACACAUGUUUGUGGUAGUAAUUUAAAUAACGAAGCACCCAGAAAGAUUCUAACAGCUAUGUGGGACUUUGAACAGUGCGAUCCGAAGCGUUGCUCGGGCCGCAAAUUGGUUCGUUUGGGAAUGACAAAAUUGUUACGGCUGAACGAAAGCUUUGGAGGCAUUGUUCUUACACCUACUGCGACUUGUGUCUUAUCUCCUGACACUGACCGCCAGUUGAUGCAUAGUGGUGGGAUUGCUGUAGUGGAUUGCUCUUGGGCUCAAUUGGAGCAGACGGGAUUCAAAAAGUUGAAAUUUCAUCACGGACGUUUACUUCCACUUUUGAUUGCAUCUAAUCCGGUAAAAUACGGCAAACCGUUUCAAUUAUCAUGUGUUGAGGCUCUGGCUGCAAGUCUUUAUAUUCUUGGUGAACACAAUCAAGCAACUGAAUUCUUAAAUAAGUUUUCUUGGGGCCAUCAGUUUUUAACAUUAAAUAAACAGCGGUUACAAUCCUACGCAAAAUGUUCCACUAGUAAAGAAAUUCUUUGUUGUCAAGAUCGUUUUCUAGAACAAAUAACGCGUGUAGAUAGUUCAAAUACAGAAUCAUAUGCUGAUAUUUAUGCUGAACUAGAUAACCAAAUUUUAGCUGAUUCUUCAAGUUCUCAGUGCUCUAGUUCAUCAGAGGAUUUCACGGAGCAAAGAACAGAAACUCACUCACCAACUGAUAGUAACUUUGGCCAGCAGGAUUCCACUGUAAUUGAAGGUGAAGAAAUAAACAAGGUCAUCACUAAACAAAUCGAUACAUUGGUUAGUUCAUUUGAACGAACCAAACUUUUCACAGAAUGUGGCAAAAAUUGGGAUCGCUUCUACAAGCGUAAUGGUGUUCGAUUUUUCAAGGAUCGCCAUUGGACAACACACGAGUUUACAGAAUUAUCAUCUUUACAUAACAGAACUCCAAGAUCUCUUCUUGAAGUCGGUUGUGGUGUUGGAAACUUUCUAAUCCCUUUAAUUGAAAGUAUGCUUUCCAUUUCAAAAGCGGGUAUAGAUAUUGCAGAAGAAUCUUGUGUUUCAAAAACAAACGGAAUUUCAAGGAUAUAUGCUUGCGAUAUUUCACAACGUGCUGUGGACAUAUUGGAUGAGCGUCUCAAGGAAUUUCCAGUUAAAUGUAAUGCAUUUGUUUGUGAUGUGACCAAAACAUAUUCUCUAAAAGCUGCUUUGUCCUCUUUGAAUUCAGUUAGUGAUCAGGAAUUCAACAAUGCUGAACAUGGUGUUGAUCUAGUAACGUUAAUUUUUGUUCUGUCUGCACUAAACCCACAAGAAAUGUUCACAUGUCUUUGCAAUGUUGCAAGCGUCCUUUCACCCGGCGGUCGACUUUUGUUUCGUGAUUACGGUCAAUAUGACCAUGCUCAAUUGAGAUUUGGUCGGGGAUCUCGUUUAUUUGCUGAUCGACCAUCUUAUGUUAGACAAGAUGGAACACUGUCUUACUUUUUUACAAAAGACGAACUAGCUAAUUUAUUCUCGAAUGCUGGUUUGUCUGUGCAUCGCCUUCAUUUUGUUCACAAAGAAACGAGAAACGUAGCUAAAGACCUGUGUGUGCAGCGUGUUUUUCUUCAGGCUGUUUGUGAGAAGCCUGCUUCGUAGUUAAUUCGUUUGGAGAUAAUGGUACUUAUGUGUAUUACUUAUUUUAUCAGAAAUUAACGUCACUUUGUAUAUACAUUCUUUUGUAAAUAAAUAAAAGUAAUUUCUAUUCUGGGAUGCUCCUUUUUAUUUUACUGCUUUAUUUUCAUUACGAUGUUCAAGUAAAGUCGUUCCUUAGAUAUUUUGGAAAUUAUUUGCAUUAUUUCUAAUGUGGGUCGAUGUGAAAUACGCAUGGUUAUAAUACCCAUUAUUUCUUAGCUUGAAGUCUUUUAAGAUUUAACUGCUAAAUGGCUAGAUUGUUUCAUUUCAGAAAUU